UGGGCAAAUCCGCGCUAGUGGUCGCGGCCACCGAAAAAGGCUUUCCGGCACACCUCGGUGACAGCGGGUCCAUCCUCCAUCCUUUUUUGCCUCGACACCUUGCCGCCGCCCAUGAAGUAGCGACUUUCCUAGGGAAUUCCAAACUACAAACAUGGCCGACAAGCUUCGAACCCAGCAGGAGCUCGAGCGGCUCCAGGCCAAGUACAUCGGCACCGGCCACCCCGACACGACGAGCUGGGAGUGGAAAACCAACAUCUUCCGCGACACGUACUCGAGCAUCAUCGGGCAUCCGCCCCACGCCGCGUACCUCGCGCUGGCCCAGAACGAGCCCGUCGCCAAAGUCCGCGCGCAGCUGAUCCGGAAAAUGGUCCAACCGUGCGGUCCGCCGCCGCCGCGGGAGGGCGAAGAGCCCAUGCGCCUGCCUUGAGAAGGCGCCCGGUCGCGAGGGGCGUGGGCGCGUGUUAUGAGCUGGAGUGGGACGGCUUGAGUGGGCGCCUGGAGGGACUGAGAUGUUCCCUGCGCAGCCAGCCACAGCUACCGACAACUACACUGUAUUCGGGCAUUUGAGGGAAUACGCGGAAGUUCCACACUUGCAAAGGACAUCUCAAGGGCUGGAUGCUAGGAAUACCAAGGGAUACAAGUGUUGUGUCAUUAUAUGCUCGUUACGCAUGUCGACCUGUGAUUCAAGGCCGACUCUCAUGAUACCCAUGACAGUAUAAUACAGGACGACUCUCAUGAUACCCAUGACAGUAUAAUACAGGAC